AUGCUGUUCAUCGGAGUGGGAGCUCUGAUAUUUUUAGCUGUUGCUUAUGGCGAUUCCUUGGAUGUGUGCUUGAAGGAUAUAGGCUGCCUGCGAGGCACAAUGAUGCCAGGAUAUCAAAGUGGAGAGUUUGAGGCCUUCAUGGGCAUUCCCUUUGCCCAGCCACCAGUUGGUCCGCUACGUCUUAAGAAUCCUGUGCCGUCUGCUGCCUGGGAGGGAGUACUCAAUGCUGGAAUGGCACAAGACAGCUGCCUGCAGAGGAACUACUUUGCAAACGACAGACUUGUGAUGGGCGUGGAGGAUUGCCUCUACCUGAAUGUCUUCAGACCCAAGGAAAGAGAUGAUAAUCCCCUGCCCGUGAUGGUCUACAUUCAUUCGGGUGGUUUCUUCACUGGCUCUGCCCAUCCAGUGGCUAGUGGACCAGAGUAUUUAAUGGACACCGGCAGGGUUGUUAUGGUAUCAAUUAGCUAUCGUCUUGGUCCUUUUGGUUUUCUUAGCACUGGCGAUAAGAACAUGCCUGGAAAUUUCGGGUUAAAGGAUCAGCGGUUGGCCCUGCAGUGGAUACAACAACAUAUAGCUACAUUUGGAGGAGAUCCUCAGAAGGUCACUAUUUUUGGGCACAGUGCAGGCGGGAUUUCCACACAUUUGCAUAUGAUAAGUCCGGGCUCCAAGGGUCUCUUUCACAAAGCCAUGUCCUUGGUUGGCACCGCAUUUAUUGCACCCGUAUCGGUCCUCAAGGACCCGUUGAGUCAAGCAAGGAAGCUGGCCAAGGAGAUGGGCAUCGAUCGAGCGGAGAGUCUCAGUACCGAGGAUCUCGCCCAGGCUUUACGAGAUGUGGAUCCCAUGAAACUUCUCCUCAGUGUGGACAGUUUAAUAACCUUUGACCCUGUGCCCCACCUACACAGUCAUCCUGUCGUGGAGGAGGUGGGAUCCCCCGAUGCUUUCUUGGUUGAAGAUCCCCUGAAGGCCCACCUGGAAGGUCGGAUUAACCAGGUGCCCUGGGUAAUUAGCUUGAAUUCUCGAGCUGGCGAGGGUUCCCUUAGCUUAUUGCGCGCCUUUUCGGAUCCCCAACGUAUGGCUGCCUUCAAUGAAAACUUUCUAGAACAUCUGGCCAUGGUGCUCAACCUUCCCGAGGGAACUUCUACAGAUAUGGUCAGAGACAUACUGGAUGCCUAUGGUUUUCAGGGAGACAGUCUUAACAAUGACACCAUGAUCUCUCUGGCCGAAAUCUCCGGGGACUUUAACUUUUAUUAUCCGAUUUAUGAAACUGCUUCGUCUUAUGCGAGCUUUGCAGAUCUAGAAAAGAAUCCACUGACCAUAUACAUCUUUGAGUUUGGAGGCCUGCACUCAGUUACUCUAUUUUACGGUGGCUCCACACAUGAAGACUUUGGACUCGGAGCAGGUCAUAUGGAUGACGGUCUGCACACCCUUAGGAUGCCGUUUCUCUUCGAGGAUUUCCCCAAGGACUCUUUAGAUGCCAAGGUUGUCCAAAGGAUUACUUCGCUAACUACGGACUUUGCCAAAACUGGGAUAUUUUAUGAAGGCUCUACCUGUAAGGCGUCUGAUUUUGUGGAUCAGAAAAUGUGCAACUACUUCCAUUUUGGUGGCAACACUGAAAAAUACGAGGAAGAUAUCCGGAGUAGUAUGCAACUUACAGCCUAUCCCAUAUGGAAAAAGUUAAUAAACGCCUGCCCUCGAAUGCCGUCAGAUCGAUUUGGGCCUCUGUCGCGGAAGGUUCUUCGCGAGAUUUUCUCCCCACCAGCACUUGCACUCUGUUUUCAGUCACUUCGUGGACCGCCGGCGAUGAUUCAACCACGGGCGCCGCUACUGUUGCUGCUGCUGCUGCUGAUGCUGAUGCUUCUUGGCCAACUAUCCAUGGCCUUGGUCAGUGGGCCACCACCGCUGGACCGGCUCACCGUGUGCCCGCCCAGCGUGGGCUGCCUGAAGGGCAUCCAUCGCCAGGGCUUCCAGUCCGAGCGGUUCGAGGCCUUCAUGGGCAUUCCCUACGCCCUGCCGCCAGUUGGAGAUCUGCGAUUUAGUAAUCCCAAGGUUAUGCCGAAGUUGCUGGGCGUGUACGAUGCCAGUGAGCCGAAGAUGGACUGCAUCCAGAAGAACUAUCUCCUGCCCACUCCUGUUAUCUACGGCAAGGAGGAUUGCCUCUACCUAAAUGUGUACAGACCAGAGAUCAGAAAAACACCACUGCCUGUGAUGGUCUACAUUCAUGGCGGAGGCUUCUUUGGUGGCUCUGCGGGGCCAGGAGUGACAGGACCUGAGUACUUUAUGGACUCGGGCGAAGUGAUCCUGGUGACCAUGGCCUAUAGACUGGGUCCCUUUGGAUUCCUCUCCACACAGGAUGCUGCCAUGCCGGGUAACUUUGGUCUGAAGGAUCAAAAUUUGGCCCUCCGUUGGGUGCAGCGUAACAUUCGCUUUUUUGGAGGCGAUCCCCACAGAGUGACUGUUUUUGGACAGAGUGCCGGAGGAGUGGCUGCCCACAUGCACCUGCUGAGCCCCAGAUCCCAGGGCCUCUUCCAUCGGGUGAUCAGCAUGAGCGGCACGGCCAAUGUGCCGUUCGCCAUUGCGGAAGAGCCUCUGGAGCAGGCUCGUCUCCUGGCGGAGUUUGCCCAGGUGUCAGAUGCCCGCAACUUGAGCACUGCCAAGUUAACCAAGGCCCUUCGAAGGGUGGCAGCCACUCAUCUCCUAGAUGCCGGAGAUGGUCUUAAAUUCUGGGAUGUGGACCACAUGACCAACUUCCGACCCGUGGUUGAGCAGGGAGUGGGAUCCGAGGCCUUUCUGGGCGAACAUCCCAGGGACACUCUGGCUCGGGGAGAGCGACCUCCCAUUCCCCUGCUCCUGGGCACAGUUCCCGGCGAGGGUGCCGUGCGGGUGGUGAACAUCCUGGGCAACGAGACACUCUGCCAGAGCUUCAACUCCCGUUUCGACGAGCUGCUGCAGGAGCUAAUGGAGUUCCCGGCCUAUUUCAGCCAGGAUCGGCUCAACCAGAGCAUGGAACUCCUGGUGGAGGAGUACUUCCGGGGCCAACAUGAAGUCAAUGAGGAAACUGUUCAGGGAUUUAUGGAUCUAAUUUCGGAUAGGGGUUUUAAGCAGCCCCUUUAUAAUACCAUUCGCAAGGAUGUCUGCCAUACAUCGAAUCCUCUCUACUUGUACAGCUUCAACUACCGAGGACCCUUAAGUUACGCCACUGCUUACACUUCCGCCAAUGUUACUGGAAAAUACGGAGUGGUCCAUUGCGAUGAUCUGCUCUACCUGUUCCGUAGUCCCCUGAUUUUCCCUGACUUUGAGCGCAACUCCACGGAGGCGAAGGUAAUCCACUCGUUUGUGGACUAUUUUGUGCAAUUUGCCAAGAUUGGAAAACCGCGAGGCGUCGAGUCAGUGACCCCCUGUUCCAUUGAGGUGCUCCAGUCACGUCCAAACGGAAUUUGUGAUUACCAGGAAUUCGCCAAUGCGCCAGCUCCCUCAAAAGGUUUCGAGGUUCACGUGGCCAGCGAAUUCCAAACGAACAGGGUUAAGCUGUGGUCCCUCAUCCUCAACGACAAAUUAUAUCAGUCUUAACAUGAUUUAUUGAUAAAAAAAAUGUACAUACAAACUUUUGGCACUGAAAAUAGAAUAUAAAAUUAAGCCACAGAUAAUGUUUUAAGCAAAUAAAUUAAAAGUUAACCAAAAA